AUGGAUCUAGACUACGCGCAUUCCAGUGCAGCUGGCGUUGGUGGGCCAUUUCAGGGCGCUGGAGACAAAUUGGGUGAACAGACAAGGCGGCCGGAUGGUUCGCCCGAGUCUUCAGAUUCACGCUUGAUGAUGGAUGACGAUCCGGAAAGUGAGCAUGUGGAUGCUCCCGAGGAAAAGCCGUCUAUUGCGUCUGCUGUGCAUUGGAGAAAGAGAACAGGAUCAUUGCGGCAGGCAGCCAUGGCGAAGAUGCGAGAGCGGAUUGUCGUCACACCACCCAUGGCCACCGGCACGGCACCCUCAAAGGACGUGAUGUCUCUAAGUUUUGGCGAAGAUGCGUCGGAUGAAAAGGGAAGGCGUUUACACAGUAAGCGUGCUCUGUCUUCGCCGGCCGGCAAUCGCAACCCAGAGCAAAGCCUACGCUAUGACCCGGGGUUUCUCGCUUCACCAUCAAACAGCAAUGCGGAAGGACCGUACGUUUCCACCACUGACGAGGAUGAUGUAACAGCUGCUCUCCACCCAACAGCCUCAAGCAGCAACUCUUCCUUCGACUAUCCGGCCGCAGUUCCUGCAAUGUCUCUCACCCGGCGUUCCCACCGCGCUGAGUCGCGCACUUUUCACACGGAUGUUCCACCCCUCAUGGACUCUGACCUCGAAGACGAUGAUUGGGACUACAGCGAGACAGAAUGGUGGGGCUGGGUCAUACUCGCAGCAACAUGGAUUGUAUUUGUCGUCGUCAUGGGCUCAUGCUUCGGAGUGUGGAGUUGGGCGUGGGAUGUGGGUGAAACACCAUAUGCACCACCCGAUCUGGAAGACGAUGACACUUUGCCUAUAACGGGCUACUAUCCAGCAUUGAUGGUAUGUACAGCCGUUAUGAGCUGGGUCUGGGUGGUGGUGGCAUGGGUCGGAAUGAAGUAA